GAAGGCUCCGGAAGGUUCCAGAAGGCUCUGGAAGGUUCCAGAAGGUCCUGGAAGGCGCCGGAAGGUUCCGGAAGGCGCCGGGAUGUGGCACGAGGCGCGGAAGCACGAGCGCAAGCUGCGGGGGAUGAUGGUGGACUACAAGAAACGCGCCGAGAGGCGCCGCGAGUACUACGAGAAAAUCAAAAAGGACCCGGCGCAGUUCCUGCAGGUGCACGGCCGGGCCUGCAAGGUGCACCUGGACUCCGCCGUGGCCCUGGCAGCCGAGAGCCCCGUCAACAUGAUGCCCUGGCAGGGGGACACCAACAACAUGAUCGACAGGUUCGACGUCCGCGCUCACCUGGAUUUCAUCCCCAUGUACACCCCGGCCCUGCUCAGCCCCACCUCACCGGAACAGGAGUCAGACGAGCGCAAAUGCAACUACGAGCGGUACCGGGGCCUGGUGCAGAACGACUUCGCUGGCAUCUCGGAGGAGCAGUGCCUGUACCAGAUCUACAUCGACGAGCUCUACGGGGGCCUCCAGAAACCCAACGAGGAUGAGAAGAAAAAGCUGGCGGAGAAAAAGGCUUCCAUAGGCUACACGUACGAGGACAGCACGGUGGAGGAGCUGGAGAGCUCCCUGGAGAAGCGAGCGGGGGACGAGGAGGACUCCGAGGAAGAUUCCAACACGGACGAGGACGAAGUGAUCCCGGACAUCGACGUGGAGGUGGACGUGGACGAGCUGAACCAGGAGCAAGUGGCCGACCUGAACAAGCAGGCCACCACCUACGGCAUGGCCGAGGGGGAUUUCGUCAGGAUGCUGAGGAAGGACAAGGAAGAGGCCGAAGCCAUCAAAAACGCCAAGGCCCUGGAGGAGGAGAAGGCCAUGUACUCGGGCCGCCGCUCCCGCCGGCAGCGCCGGGAAUUCCGGGAGAAGCGGCUGAAAGGCCGGAAAAUCAGCCCCCCCAGCUACGCCCGCCGGGACAGCCCCACUACGACCCCCUACAAACGCUCCCCCUCGGAAUCCAGCUCGGAGUCGCGCUCCCGCUCGCGGACGCCGUCGCUGGGCCACGAGGAGAAGAUCACCUUCAUCACCAGCUUCGGCGGCAGCGACGAGGAGCCGCCGGGCGGGCCCGGCCUUCCCGGCGCCGCCUCCGCCUCGGGCUCGGGCAGGAGCCGCCGCGGCUCCCGGGAGCGGCAGCGCCCGGCGGCGCCCGGAGCCUCGGCGCCGGCUCACGGAGCCUCGGCCCGGCGCCGCUCUUCCUCCUCCUCCUCCUCGUCCUCGUCGUCGCGCUCCUCCUCCUCCUCCUCGUGCAGCUCGGGCUCCCGCGGCUCCCGCCCGGCCUUCCGCCGCUCCCGGGGCCUUUUCCGGGGCCGCCGCCGCUGCUCCCGCAGCCGCUCCCGGAGCCGCAGCCGCUCCCGGAGCCGCUCCCGGAGCCGCUCCCGCCGCUACUCCCGGGGGGGAUCCCGGGGCGGAUCCCGGGACAGCCGGCGCCGCUCCCGCUCCCCGGAACGCGGCCACCGCCACCGCCGCCGCUCCAGGAGCCGCUCCCGGCGCUCGGCGCGCUCCUGGCGCCGCUGGAGCAGCCAGAGCCGGAGCAGCCGCAGCGACUCCCGGAGCCCCUCCCGGUCCCGCUCCCGAUCCCGAUCCCGAUCCCGAUCCCGAUCCCGGUCCCAAACCCCGCCCGCAGCCCGGGACAAGGCCCCGCCCCGCCCCCCGGCCUCGCCCGCCGUCGGAGAGAAGCUGAAAAAGUGA